AGACCACUGGAGCUGAUGAAGAAAUUUUCAGUGAAAUGUUUAAAGGACUGUGACUGUCACUCUGCUCCAAGUUCCCCUGUUUCUGAGGAGCUGGAAGCGAUUAAAGCUCGAGUCAGGGAGAUGGAGGAAGAAGCUGAGAAGCUAAAAGAGCUGCAGAACGAGGUGGAGAAGCAGAUGAAUAUGAGUCCACCUCCGGGCAAUGCUGGCCCAGUGAUCAUGUCUAUCGAAGAGAAGAUGGAGGCUGAUGCCCGUUCCAUCUAUGUUGGCAAUGUGGACUAUGGUGCAACAGCAGAAGAGCUGGAAGCACACUUUCAUGGCUGUGGUUCAGUCAACCGUGUUACCAUACUCUGUGACAAAUUUAGUGGCCAUCCCAAAGGGUUUGCAUAUAUAGAGUUCUCAGACAAAGAGUCAGUGAGGACUUCCCUGGCCUUAGAUGAAUCCCUAUUUAGAGGAAGACAAAUCAAGGUAAUCCCAAAACGAACCAACAGACCAGGGAUCAGCACAACAGACCGGGGUUUCCCACGAGCCCGAUACCGUGCCCGGACCACCAACUACAACAGUUCCCGAGCUCGAUUCUACAGUGGUUUUAACAGCAGGCCCCGGGGUCGUGUCUACAGGUCAGGAUAGAUGGGCUGCUCCUCUCCCCCAAUUCCCAUGAACCUUUAUGUUUACUUCUCUCCUGAUCUGAGGAACCUUCCCUAACCCUCCCCUUGGUCUCCAGGGACUUGGUCUCCUGCCUGUGCAGGGUGAGGAAGGUAGUUGCAGGCCAGGCCAGGCGGCCAGUCUCAUCAUCUUUUUCUGGAGCAGGAAUUGGUCAUAAGGGCUGGAUUUCUCCACUCUGUCCUGAGAGAUGCUUCUUCCCCCAGCAUGAUUUUCCUUGAGAGUUGGUGGCAAUGAAUGGGUUUACACAGAAAGUUUGGAGAACAGGGCCUCAGAGCAGCGAAAGUACUGCUUGGACAUUUUUACUUUUCCCAGUUAGGGAGGGGUUGACGUUUGAAGGUUCCUUGGAAGAAUACCAGAGGCUAGUUGAUGCUCAACAACCAUGAGGGAGGAUAUUGAGAUAUUUACUCUUUAACUGAGCCAGUCUUGCGGUGCCCAUGUUGCUUUACUUCUCUUUUCACUUAAAUAGGUAAGUUAGGUAUAUAGACCUGGGCUUCUCAUAGUAUUUACCUAUCUGCUCCCAGGAGUUAGGUUCUGUUGGUGAGGGCCUAGACCUAGAGUGUAGACCUGUGGAGAAUUGAGAAAACUACAUACAAUGAGUCUUUUUCCUUGCUCUUUUGUCUCGGGUGCACUUCUCUAUUGCCACUGUUUGGAGAAGUAUUUUGUUAAAUCCCCCCUCCCAUUUGUCAGCUGUGCCAUUGUUUCUGAGAUUGUGGGGUCAGUUUUAGUAUACUUGGACAUUUUCUUUGCCCCCCUUCCCUUCACAGUAACUGGGGCGAGGGCCCAAGGGGUGGGGCUUGUACUGAGCUAUCUAGUGAUUGUGUUAACACCUAACUCUCCUUCUUUCUUCCAGGGGCCGGGCUAGAGCGACUUCAUGGUAUUCCCCUUACUAAAAAAAGUGUGUAUUAGGAGGAGAGAGAGGAAAAAAAGAGGAAA